GCGAGUAGUGGAAAGGGCACGUGAGGACAGCGAGCAGCAGUUUGCAAGCCGUUUUGAAAACGCGAGCAGCCAAUACCGAAAGUGAGAAGCCGAAGUGAGAGUAUUUUCGGAUUAUUUACAGAGAGGAUGCUGGGCACGGUGGUGGUGGGCGUUGGGAGAGCCGGGCGCGCGCGGAUCGCUGACCUCUGCGAUCCAGCGCCCUGCAGCCCUGCUGAUAAACUCAUCCUGAGGGGCUUUGUGUCCAGGAGGAGCCUGGAGGAGCAGCAGUCCGUGAAGCAGAUCUCCCUGGAGGACGCUCUGAGCCGGGAGGACGUUCAGGUGGCCAUCGUGAGCACGGAGAACACCAGCCAUGAGGACCUCAUCCGGAGGUUCCUGGAGGCGGGGAAGCACGUGUGCGUGGAGUAUCCAAUGGCGCUGUCCUACGGCGUUGCCAUGGAGCUGUGGGACCUUGCCGAGAAGAAAGGGAAGGUGCUUCACGAGGAGCACAUCGAGCUUCUGACAGGCGACUACAAGCAGCUGAAGAAGGACUUGGCAGGCAAGAGCCUUCAGGAGGGCACCCUGCACUUCACAGGUGGACCCACGCAGGAGGGCUCUGGGUUCCCCUCGUUCAGUGGGAUCUCCAGGCUGACCUGGCUGGUGGACCUGUUUGGGGAGCUGUCCGUGUCUGAGGCCAGCCUUGUGCAGGACGGGGAGAAGCGCUCCACGAAGCUCACCGCCCGGCUGCUCACCCGCGAGCAGAGGCCCCUGACCUGGAUCGAGGAGCGUGCCCCCGGCCUGCGGCGGGUGAAGCGCAUCAGCUUCCGGCUGGACGAGGGCCUGGUGGACGAGCUGCCGGCAGCUCCGCCAGGGGGCCCGGGCCUCUUCAUGCAGGACCUCUGGCUGUUUGCGCAGAAGCUGCAGGGCCUGGUCCCUGCUGCGCAGCUGCAGGCCGAACGCAGACGCGUGCUGCACUGUCUGGAGCUCGCCGAGCGCAUCCAGAACCUGGCCCAGGCGCCCGUGUAGGACCCGCCCUGCACACACACACGCACGCGCACGCG